AUGGCGCCAUCUAGCACCAAAACCAUCAAUGUCAGAGCGAAGAAAGUUCCAUAUUUCACACCCGCACAAAAUCCUCCAUCAGGAACAGCAUUGAGCCCUUCAUUGAAGGCCCAGAUCAUCCCAAAGCUUUUCCAACCAUUGACCUUUAGAGGCGUGACGUUCCAAAACAGAAUAUGGGUUACGCCAUUAUGUCAAUACUCGGCUGAAGAUGGAAAGGUGACGCCAUGGCAUCUGUCCCAAAUUGGGGGCUGGGUCACACGUGGUCCUGGCUUUACUAUGAUAGAAGGAACUGCUGUUUCGCAGAACGGACGGAUCGAUCCUAAUGGAAGCCAAAACAUCGGUAUCCAGUUCUUUCAUGUAGGCAGAAAAGCUUCCACAGUUGCACCGUUGUUGGGAAAUGAGAAUGCAAGUAAAGAGACAGGUGGUUGGCCUGAUGACAUCAUCGGUCCAAGUCCGGUGGCCUACGAUGAAGGUUCUCUCAUACCUAAAGAAAUGACGCUCUCUGAUAUUGCAGAUUUCAGAAGGUCUUGGGUAAGCUCUGUUGAGCGCGCUUUACGAGCCGGGUUCGAUGUCAUUGAGAUCCAUGCCGCUCAUGGGUUUCUCCUUCAUCAAUUCCUAGCCGUAACAGCAAUAAGAGAACAGACGAGUAUGGUGGAUACCCGACUUACGAUAACCGAGACAAUGCCCUUGUUCUUACGAAUCAGUGCAACAGAUUGGCUGAAGGAGACUGAAAUUGAUGGUUGGUCUCUUGAAUAUAGUGUGCAAUUGUCUGUGAAAGCUGCAAGCUUCGGCGUAUAUUUUAUUGAUGUAUCUUCUGGCGGCUCCCAUCCAGGACAAACCAUCAAACUCGGCUCCGGGUACCAAGCUGGCUUUUCAAAAUAUAUUAUAAAUGCUGUCAAAGAUAAAGCCACCGUUGGUGCUGUUGGUAACAUCACAAAUGGCGUGCAAGCCAAUGGACUUCUUGAAGAGGGCCUCGAUGCCAUCUUCAAUGGAACGAUGUUUCAGAAAAAUCCAGGUCUGGUUGGGUCGUGGGCGGAUGAUUUGGUGAUUAUCGUACAUGCUGCAAGACAAAUACAACGGGAGUUUAAAGAGAUUCCCAAUCCACUCAUAGCCCAAAAGUUAUAG